UUUCAGACUCGCAGUCACCGGAGACCAGAUCGCCGAACAGGAGCAGCAAGCUGGAGCGACCAUAUCACUCUGUUAGUGGUAGUUACAGGAGUAGUUGCUGCCAAGAUCUUGUGGAGUGGAUCCAAAAGUUCUUGCAGGUUAAACCCUCUAAAUAGAAUCCAACAUAUCUCUCCUAGAUACAGUUCAAGAUUCGCCAUUCGAUCUCGAGCUCCGAUACUGCGCACGAACCCACAUUUGACGCAGAAACGCAACAAUGUCAGUGAGCCAUGCCGAUGACCACGAGAUAUCGCUGUGUGACCCCAACUCCGAGGACGACCGGCGGCGGCGGAAGAUUGGGUCGCUGCGGCGGAAGGCCAUCCACGCGCUCCGGAAGAAGCGCGGCAGGCGGCGCGUGACUGACUUCCGCUUCCCUGCCGCCAUCUCCAUCGAGGACGUCCGCGACGCCGAGGAGGAGCGCGCAGUCGCCGCGUUCCGCGACCGCCUGGCUGCGCACGGCCUCCUCCCCGACAAGCACGACGACUACCACAUGAUGCUAAGGUUUCUGAAGGCCAGGAAGUUUGAUUCCGAGAAGGCAAUGCAAAUGUGGGCAGAGAUGCUGAGAUGGAGGAAAGAGUUUGGAGCUGACACAAUCUUGGAGGAAUUUGAGUUCAACGAGCUCGAUGAUGUGCUACGGUACUACCCUCAGGGUUACCACGGCGUUGAUCGGGAAGGUCGUCCGGUGUACAUCGAAAGGCUCGGCAAAGUUGAUCCGAACAAGCUCAUGCAGAUCACCUCAGUGGACCGGUACAUCAAGUACCAUGUGCAGGAGUUCGAGAGGGCCUUCAGAGAGAGGUUCCCUGCCUGCAAAUUUGCAGCCAAGAGGCACAUUGAUUCCACUACUACCAUAUUGGAUGUCCAUGGUGUGGGGUUGAAGAAUUUCUCAAAGACUGCAAGGGAGCUUGUUCAACGUAUGCAGAGAAUAGACAGUGACUACUACCCUGAGACACUACAUCAGAUGUAUGUUGUGAAUGCGGGCAGUGGGUUCAAGCUGAUCUGGAACAGUGUUAAGGGAUUUCUUGAUCCGAAAACUUCUUCCAAGAUUCAUGUUCUUGGUUCCAACUACCAUAGCAGACUUAUUGAAGUUAUUGACUCAAGUGAACUGCCGGAGUUUCUUGGCGGUUCAUGCACAUGCAGUGACAAGGGUGGUUGCCUUGGGUCUAACAAAGGGCCAUGGAAUGAUCCUGUCAUUUUGAAGCUGAUACACAGUAUGGAAGGCGGUAGUACUAGAGAAAUCAAGCAAGUUUCUGAUGGGGAAGAAAGAAGUGGCUCUUCCCUAAGGGCAGAAAAUCUGAAGGGCAUGCUCAGUGACGUAUCAAAUGCUGAAUCUGAAUCAGAUGUUGAUGAUGUUGGUUUAUCAGUUGUUCAGAUGAGUACAGACUACAGUUUGCUUACCCCAGUUCGUGAAGAAGUUAAGGGGUCAGAUUCUUCAACAUUUUGUAGUUCUGACAGUAGGCAUCUCCAAGAUACGACUCCUGGAUCUCCUCAGGGCUCCCAACAAUUGGAGAGGGUGCCCAUUCAAUCGACCUGUCAGGAACAUUUUUCCACCUUUGGAUGGCUACAUAACUUAGGGAACAUUUCUCUUAGUUUUCAUGAUACAUCUGCUGGAAGGAAUUUGGAAGAUCUUGUUAGAGGCCUGGCCACAGUCUUGAUCAAGAUAUCAUCCUUCUUCCACCUUUUUGUUUGUAGACAAGAAAGAAUGCUAGAAAAUGUCCAUCCUUAUGCAGCAGCCGAGCAAACAGAGCCUCAAACUGUAAAAGAGAACAUGAGUGCUUGUUUACAGCGUCUUGAAAAGCUCGAGUCUCUGUACAAUCAUCUCAUGGGCAAACCUCCAGAUAUGCCAAAGGAGAAAGAACGUAUAUUGUUGCAGUCUUUCGAACGGAUAAAAUCCCUUGAAGCUGAGCUGGAGAGCACAAAAAGAGCGUUGCAGGCGGCCGUGGUGAAUCAGAUGGAAAUGGUGGAGACUGUGGAAGCUCUGCAGCACCAGUCGUCUAGUGUUAGGAGGAGAUUGUGCUGUUCAUAGGAAUAAGAUCGUCGUUGCGCCGUAAGCUGUCUGGAUGAACUGAUGAACAUGAAGCAGUGAAACUGCCGGUGCCAUUUUUGACUCGAGUUCUUCUCGGCCCUGUGUGUGAAAGGUGAC